GCGAGCUGUUGUCGCACUGUGUGAUACGAAUGCACAGGAGGUUAAAGACACCUUUGCUGAUUUUGAAGAAGCAGUCUGAAAGGCAGAAGAUACAUUAUACUCAGUAAUGGAGCAGAACAACAACAGCGUAGAAGAUUUCUCCUUGAACGUCUUUUCUGUCACUCCUUAUCAGCCAAGCAGAUCCGAUGUCCUGGUGUCAGAUGGGGAUAAAGCCGGCGCCACUUUGCUCUUCUCAGGUGUGUUUUUGGGACUGGUGGGGAUCACUUUCACUGUGAUGGGAUGGAUAAAAUACGACGGCGUUACUCACCUGGAGUGGACUCAGUUACUGGGGCCCAUUCUGCUGUCUGUUGGGGUGACUUUUAUUCUGAUUGCUGUUUGUAAAUUUAACAUGCUUACAUGCAAGCCCUGUAAAGAGAGAGAGGAAAACAUGUCAGACCUCGACCAAACUGCAAGCGGACAGUCCUUCGUCUUCACCGGCAUUAACCAGCCUAUAACUUUUCAUGGCGCCACUGUGGUACAGUACAUCCCUCCGCCGUACCCAGCCCAAGAAGGCAUUGCUGUGAGCCCUGGCUACCUUCACCCGGUGCUCAGCUGCUGUGGUGCUGUUUCCUCCAGUGCCUCACCCAUUCCCACCCCGGGCUCUGCUCACUUCUGCCCUGCCUGCCCCCUGGAUAACCCAGCUUUUACCGGAGACGAGAACUACGCUACUUAUGCUACAGAGAAUACCAGGAAUCAGAGGUCAGAGGACAGUUGUGACGAGCCAGAAGAACUGCUGGAAGACUAUGCCUGUCAUGACAUGUCACCUCCACGUUAUGACGAAAUAUACCCGCUGUCUUCAUAAAAUAACCACGGACAAUUCUAAGAGAUGCCAGCUUUUAAUCCCCAAGAAUCUUUUCUCUUAACACUUGCAUGACAAGCGAGUGUGAAAAAGAUCUUGGUGCUGAUACGCAGUUCAGUAUCACUGAAGAUACUUAACUAAUCUCUUCUUUUCUCCCUCAAGAUUCAUUAGCCCUUUGCUAUGCAGUUUAAUAGCAGAGCUAUUGAUUAUUUAAUGGCAAAACUAUUAAUAGCAAAGCUAUUAAACUCAAGGAUCUAAAUCCAUAUUAGGGUUCCCCAACAAGAAACCUGAUUUUCAGACUUGCUGAAACCAGUAUGAACUGUGAAUGCGCAAGAGGUUUGUGGAAGGUCAUGAUUGCUCCUGGACAUUCAGCAUCAUUAGAAAACACUUGAUUCAUUGUUGAUAUAUUUUCCCUCUUGAUUGUUUGGGAAACUUCAAAAGUGCUCAAACGUCUGAUCCAUGAAAGUGCCUAUAAUGUCUUAAUUCAGUCUGAUUCCUUAGACUAGCUCAUUCAUUAAUAAGUCCAGUCUACAGAUUAAACUUCCUCUGCUUGGUUCACCUGUACAGCCAAGUCCUGUGCACAUUUUUGGAGCACUCUACUUGAACCAGAGCAUUCCAGAGCAGAGAAAAUACAAAUAGUGACCUCUGCCCAUUUUUAUGCAGACCUCUAAGAGAUCCUGCACGCAUCAAAUUCACUUCGCUUCUUGACUGAAUGUGGGUCCCAGGCACACAACUCAGGCUGCAGGUUCCCCCAGAGCAUCCAGGCAACUAUGGGCUGCAGUGAACUUUCUUGUUCAAGUUCAACUUUCAAGAUCAGCAUGGUUCCAGUUGUUUCAUCCACAAAUGGAUUUACAGCCGUAUCUAACAAAGGAUGAGGGUGCAUAAACUACAAAAUCUUGCAAUCCAGAAUGGAGGUCCCAAAAAGCUUUGCUCAGGAGCUGUGUAAACCCCAGAGCAGCGAGAAUGCCAGAAGUCCUUUUGGUUUUAUUUUGUAUUUCCAUAUAUGCAUCAAGUUCUGCUUUUGAGUGGUGCCUAGAAGUACCCUGACACAUCUGGACAAGCCAGAUGCAGGAUCCCAUCGUUUUUGCCUAUCUGCCUCAAAGUUCUCAAACCAAAAGCUGUUCUCAGCCCACAGCUGCUGCAGCAGGCACCACACAAAAUGGUACAGAGGGCAGUGAUUACCGCCCAAAGCCACUGAGUGGCGUGCUGCUGGCGUGCCUGCGGGUCAGUCUCCUGGCCUGGAAUGGCACGGCUAAAAGCAGGUGUCUACUAUGGAAUGCAUGAAUUCUCUCUUAGUUGCCAACACAGCUGUCUCAGAUCCUACCAGUUGUCAUUGACCUGCGAUUGAUGUCAUCGAUCUCAUUCCUGAGGGCUGGAGAACCUGAGCAUGGGCAGGCAGGAUGGGAUGUACCUGUCAGCUGGAAGUCAGUGAGUGCCCAUGCAGCCUUGCUAGCAAUCAGGACACGUAGCUCAGGAUGGAGAGGUCAGGAUGGAGAUGCAACAUUGUCCAGUUUCAUGGAGCUGCAGGUGCACACCGACCUCCCUGGCCUGUACACUUAGAGGGUGCCAAGCAACAGAGCACUUUUGGAGGGGCACAAGACAACCACUGUGCUCCACAGCAACGGAUGUGACACUGGCAGAGGUCAUAUUUGGGACACAACAUUUAAACCGACUCAAAGCUGGAUCAGCAACUGAGCAGCAGCUACUGGACAGUGACCACAAACUAUGUGCAAGGUUUUCUCACUAGAGGAAUAUGGGGCAUGCUGCUUUUCCGCAGCAAUGGCCCAGUGUUAGCAGGUAGGCACGUACAGUUGCAGAAAGUCAGGCACUCUGUGUUCAGCAUGAUCUCUACGGGACUGAGUGAGAGAACAGAAGUACGUAAAAAUAAAUGCAGGUUUCUCUUAUGGAAAUCUCUUGCUCCUCUUCAAGAAGUUACACAGAGGUGAACCCAUCCUUCCUCCACAGCAGGAAACUAGAAGGUCCCAAAUCCCCAGUUAGUUCCACAUGGACAGAUCCCUGCACUUAGCACGUAGUUCUGCUGACUCCAGCAAGCACUGCAGGAGCGCAGAGGUCAGGCUUGAUGGAUCCAGUUGCAGGACCAGGGUCAAAAUUUCUACCCGAUCACCCUCCCCCACCCCCCACAAGAAGAAAAUUCCUUCAGUCAGAAACCACAGACUUUUGCUGCUGCUCUCUCUUUUUUUUUUUUUCCCCUCCCCCAAAUAUGUGGCAUUAGCAUGUUUCAUGGGGUACUCAUAACGUUAUUUUUAA